CGUUUCCAUUUCCCAGAGGUUCGCACUUUUGGAGAGUUCGGUUUCGAUUCUUCUGAAUAAGCUAAGAAAGCCAAGAACAUGGUAAGCAGACUCGGAAGAAGAGUUGUUCACUUCGCAAAUCUUCCAAUCAAACUUCUUAUGCCAACUUCCUUCACCAACAUCACUGAAAUUGCUCUCAAAACCAUUCCUUCUGCUUCCAAAAUCGAAAUCAAGCGCGUUCUCGAGAGCCUCUACGGCUUUGAGGUCGAUAAAGUUCGAACUCUCAACAUGGAUGGUAAGAAGAAGAAGCGCGGAGGGCUUUUGAUUGCAAAGCCUGAUUACAAGAAGGCCUAUGUUACUCUCAGGAAUCCCUUGUCAAUUUCUCCGGACGUCUACCCCAUCCGGAUUAUAGAGGAGGACAAGAGGAAUAUGAAUAAACAGUCUAAGUCCAGCAUUGUUGAAGAGGGAGAGGCCAAGCGGCAUUGGCUGCAUGAAAAGGAAGCAGUGGGACUCAAAACUUACAAGGGUUUUGCUGAUAGAGGCCGCCGACGAAUUGGCGGCGCUGAAGCUGUUGAACCAUCAACUAAGUUUCCUUGGAGUAGCAUGAGGUCCGGUAGGUAGUUUGAAGAAAUGUAUACCAAUUACUUCGUAAUUGGGAUUUGUUUUGGAUUUUUUGUUUCUUCUAAACGAAAUGGAGCCUAAUGAUAAGUGUUUGAUUUUCUAAUUAUGAAAUGAAUUCUUGUUGGCUCUCUUAUGGGACGUAUUGCUGGAGGACGUUCUGUAUUGUCGCUUAAAUCAAUAAAGAAGUUAGAGUUGUGUUUGUACUA